AUACUUCCCCAUCGGCAGCUUUAUGGAGCCGCUUUGGAAAGAGUUUGCUCAAAAGGAGGACUUGACGGUUCGUCUCCGCAACAUUUUGCAGGACUAUGCUUUUGGGCCACAAAUAUUCAGAGAACUGCUGCAGAAUGCGGAUGAUGCAGGUGCCUCCCGCUUUGCUUUGUACGCGGACAAUGUGUAUCACGAGGGUUAUGAAGUUCGAGCAGUUGAAGCUUCACCUGAGGCAAUGAAGGGACAUAGAUUGCUGGACGCCCGUUUGGCAUCGUGGCAGGGCCCUGGAAUAAUGGCCUUCAAUAACGCCCUUUUCUCAGAGGACGACUUCGAGGGUAUUUGCCGAGUCGGAGCAUCAAUCAAGCAGUCCGAUCACACAAAGAUUGGCCGAUAUGGGCUGGGCUUUAACGCAACUUACCACUUGACUGAUGUGGUUUCAUUUGUGUCAAACAAUCGCCUUUGCAUUUUUGACCCUCACAGGGCUCAUUUGCCAUCAAACCUGCCUGGUUUGCAGCUUGUUCUUACAGAUGAAUCACGGAAGCAGUUUUCUGCCCAGCUUGCACCUUUCAACGAUGUUCUGGCAGCUGAAGCCCAGAAAACAGGGCCAGUUGAAGCUCCUGGCCCUGGCAGCCCUGGUACAUCUGGUACUCUCUUCCGAUUGCCCUUGCGAACCGAGAAGCUAGCAGCCAACUCAUCGAUAUCUCAACUGUCGCACCACUUCCACGAUGUGCUGUCCCUUCUGCAGGAUUUUUUAGCGUCUGCAGGAGAGGUCUUGCUUUUUUUGCAGUCGGUGGAAGAGGUCGAAGUUCAUAUCAGAGAAGAUACUUCAUCGAGCUCUAAGUGGAGCUCUCUAGGAAGUGUCCGAAUCCAUACAGCAGGUCCGGCUGCCACCACAAAGCUGCGAAAAGAGCGCCAGAUGCUGAAGAACUUGGUUGAUGACAAAAUUGAACAGGAUCGAAAGGCUCUUCGAACAGGGUUUGCCAUUGCUUUCUCUCUACACGGUGCAGCUAGGCCAUCUGGUGAUAGGCACCAUUCAGCAGAUCCAUCAAUCACUGCUUGGCUAGUGGCAGCACGUGCAGAGCCAGCCGAGGCGUUUCACAAACAUCGAAGCAACCCACAUCCAUCCAACGUACCAGCGUUCCGCCUUGGCGCAGUUGCAAUUCCUUUGCUGCCUUGGUUUGGGAGGAGUGAGGUGGAGCCUGAAGAGCCUGAUGCUCAGCAGUCAGACUUGCCUAUUGAUCGGCCUUUGAGCAGUUUCAAGGGGCAGGCAUAUUGCUUCCUGCCGCUUUCACUGACAACUGGUUUGCCCGUUCAUAUUUCGGCAAACUUUGCAGUAACUGCAAACCGCCGCGACCUGUGGAGACGGAGUGAUGAUCAGGAAAGCAGUGAAAGCAAUUUGCGAGCAUCCUGGAAUGAGGCCCUUCUUGAAAAGACUUGCCCAAAAGUUUAUGCUGAUGCGCUAGAAUUGCUAGCAGGUGGCCUUUUGAGACCAGGCCAGUGCAAACUCCCGUACAAGGCUGACAGUUUCAUACCUGAGGGGUUACAGUUACAAGUGCCAGACAUAGGACGAGGCCUUUGGUCGCUAUGGCCUUCCACUGCCAAAGGACAUUUUUCUGAGAUUCCGCGACAUGUAAGUCAGGAACUUGUUGCACGUGACGCUGCCGUGUUCUACACUGGGGAUGACCUUGUUUUUUCUGCAGACGGAACGUCGGCGUCGGAAGUUGUUCCGCCCUUCCGAAAUUCAAAGUCCUCUCUGUUGUGUUCGUCCCGCAGCUUUGACACACUGAAGCCAGAACUUCGCUCGUCGAUCAGUCGUUUGUGUCUCGCUGGGCGCAAGCGAUCACCUGUGCAGGUGCCACGGAGCAUUUGCGGAAUUUUAAGUGAAGUGAAAGGAACGACAUGGCUUGAGCCACUGUCUCUAGCAAACAUGCUCAGAGGCUUCAACACGAAGUCCAUGCCUUUACAGGAAGCAGAUGCCCUUGUUGAGUACAUUCUCUCCCCAGAAGGGAAGGGAUCAUUGUCGCUCCUGCAUGGGCUUGCGCUCUGCCCCUUGUUGUCAGGGUCCCUGGGCACUUUUCUGUAUCGAGCUGGAGCGGAGAGCUUGGACGAAUUCCUGUGGGCGGAAGAUGCAGACUUCAAGGACCUCUUCCCCGACCGAGACUUUGUCGACCCUGCCUCAAGCACCUUCAGAUUGCUGAAACCCCGCGUUGCAAAUUCAUCAAAUUCCAAUUUGAACAUCCAGAUCCUUGGUCCAAAAGCCUUGCCUGAAGUACUUGCCAACAUUUUCCCUCCCUUUUGGCGUUGCAAGUCUGAAGUGGCACUUGCCGAUGGCAAAGUUCUUAUUGAUGGUCAGCCGCAAGAAGAGCUACAAAAGACUUAUGCCCAGAUGAAGGAGCAAAGCGCUAAACCGAUGAAAGGUUAUCCAAAAGGCGCGAAAAGUUGCCCAGGUAGCCGCCCAUCUCAAAAGGUUGCCACAGGAAGGAAGAACAAACCGUCGAAGAAGUUUGGAAAGCAAACUUUGGACUUUGAUUCUGGCCAGGAAGAUGUGUAUAGCGAUGAUGAUUGGACGGAGUCUGAAGAGGCUCAACCAGGCAAACCAGACACGCCAGACAAAUCAGACACGAAGACUAGACCAACUCAGCCUGGUGCUAGUUUUUGUGUCAAGGUUUCCAAUGCCACUGAGAUGAAUGUGACGGUGCAUCGAUGCGAACUCUUGUGGAAAUUUGUGGAGGGCCUCCCGGACAAGAGCAACGCGAUGCAGCAACUUCAAGACCUUCCAUGUAUCCCUGUUCUUUCUUCGGCGCAGGUGCGAUUGAUGAGUUGUCAAGGUGCACACAGACAACAUUUGCUCUCUUUGGAGGACUACACUGCAGAAGAAGUCAAACUUCUGAGCUGCCUCGGUUGCUUCCUUGCACGACCCACAAAAAAAUUGCGGACAUUUCUUGGAAUUGAACGAGCUUCUGCACUGAACGCGUUGCCAAAAGCUGUAGAGCGCAUGGGGCCCUCAGGCAACUCUGUGACCCCCAACAUGCCUGGCAUGCGGAUGUUUUUAGGGAUGAAGGAUCUGCGUCUGGACAUUGAGAGGGCGAGGCCUUUGCAAAGGCUUGUGGUCUCUAUUCUGCGUAGCGCGAAGAAAAGGGAUGUGGAAAAAACAAUGUCCUUACCAGUUUUUGAGACAAGAGGGGGGAAGUUCGCAGUGCCAGUCAGUCCCGGAGCAUCAAUCGUUGCACCCAAUGAGGAGUGGGACGAGUUGCUUCAUGAAGAGUUCAAAGAUUUUCUUUUGAACUUGGAUGCAGAUGGAGAUGGAGGGCAUUUGAUUCGUGAGUUGGGAAUCCAGCGCAGCAACCUGUCAGAAUUCUUGGCUCGCUUUUGCGCGCCCCGUGCAGGUCUUUUCAAUCAGAAACUUUCGGUACACUUUCUCGAGUCAGUGGCUGCUCUGGGGUCCACCAUUUGGAGGAAAAAUGUACAAAAAGAUUACGUCGCAAUUGCGACCUCUUGUGAGGAGGCGCCUGUGGUUGUUUUCAAUGAUGGCCGGGAUGCCCGGCGCUGCCGAUGCUCGGAGCUUGUAGAUCCAGAAGAUGUGCAAGUCACAAUCGCUAUGCACCCCCCCAGGGAGUACUGCAGUCCAGUAGUGGCGUGGCAAGAUGUUCUCUCAGUCUUGCGGAGGGCAGGGCUCAAGAGUCUGACUGAUGAAGAAGUUUUUCUCAGUGCGGCGCGCCAUGUGGAGGCUUCUGGUGAGGCAGCAAAAGGUGAAGAAUUGCUGAAGCAGCUUGCAGACCGUUUCCAAAGCCUGAAGUGGAGCUCCAGGUCAUUCGCAGCCCUCAGCCGUGUUCGGAUCUUUCCCGCUAUUGCUCCUGUGGCUCCUGUCCGUUCCGAUGCGUAUCCGCCACGAUGUGCCAGCGUGGAGCGCGUUGCAGUUUCACUGGAUGCGCCGUGCACUCUCUUCCAGCAUGCUUCUGUGGCAUGGACUCAACUGGCGCUACUUCACCCUGACACCUUCGACAAAUGGCCCAAGCCUUUACUACAACGUUUCAGUGCAAUCAAGGACCCGCCAUCUUUGGAUGUGAUCGUGGCAAAUCUGAUCGAAGCAGCACGUCGGUGGGGAGAGAUUCGUGAUGGAGAACUGGCUGAGGUUGCAAGCAAGGAGCAUCGACAGCAUCGACAAGAGAUUGUAGUUUGCCACUUGGCAGCCCUCAAUGCUGUGCGGCGGACCAAUGCGCUGCAGAGCAUGGUGCAGCACAGUCUUUGCAGAGUCAAAUUUCUGGUGCUAAAUGAUGGAUCCUUGACGAGUCCGUGUGAGGCUUUUGCAGCACUUCAUGGAGGCAACUCUGACGAUGAGGACGAAGAGCCAGAUCACGUGGCUUCAACAUCGGCUACGUCAUCGACGUGGUCGUUGCCGCGCUGCUUGCGACGGUAUCGCCGCCUUCUCCUCGGCAUCGCCGGCCCGGCUCUUCAGGGUGUCCAGCAGAUGCCCAUCAUCCAUGUGGAGACCCCGCCACAAAACCCAGUUCCUGAUUUUAUUCAGAAUUCCCUGAACUGUCCGGACUUGGCAGAUGUGGUUUUCAUACUUGGCCAUGAAACGCCAGUUGAGCAGAUCUAUGCUCACCGAUUGGUGCUCGCAGCUUCUUGCGACCAUUUCAGAGCGACAUUCUCCAAUUACGCGGAGGCAGCAGAAGCCAAGUGCAAACUUGAAUUGCCAAGUUGGGUUUCGGCCAGACCCAUGCUUUGGAUGCUUGCCUACCUCUAUCAGGGGUAUGACGUCGCACGAGCUCAGCAAAUUGCCUUCAAGCUCAACAAGCAGGAUUCUUCGAGCACUGCUUCACGCCGCGCAUCUCUUUCAUGGAAGAGGCGAGGACGUCAAGAAAUUGAUUCCGAGAUUGGAGAAGAUUUGUGUUGCCUCUUGCGACUUUCAGAAUAUUACCAGCUUGACCACCUAAAGCAGUGGGCAGAGAGUGAACUUGGUAAGUUGCUGACGCCUGAGAAUUUGAUUCCGCUUUCAACGCAUGCCUACUUUUGCAAUGCUGGUCAGUUGCUUCGCGUUUCCAUCUAUCACUUGCGGCGAGAGUAUGGUGAGCUUGUUGGAGUCAAUGACUGGGAAGAGCUGGAGCCAGCAAUCAAGGAGCUUGUUUUGGCAGGUGUGAACAGUGAGUCGAACAGUGCAAGCCAAAUUUCCGAAACAUGUUGAAAUUGGCCACCACAACUGGAACUGAUCCAAGAUGGUGUGACCAGGAUGCAUUUGGGCAUCCGUUUGUUAUCUGUUAUCUUUGAGAACACGCCACGGCAAAGUCUAACAUGCUUGCACCCUUAAAUGCAGCAUGCUCCUGAGAGAGCAGUCAGAAAUGCAGAAUGAAAUCGGAACGAAAUCAGAAUGAACUUACGAUGCUUUGAAGGCUUCACUUUCUGCUUUAGGGUUUGAGGCGUGCAGUCCAGCCUCAAACCCAGGUUCUGCUGGCAAAAGAUACUAGACAGAGACAGCCGAGCAGCGGAGAAAAUGAGC